AUAUCAAUGCAGAAUGGGAUUUCAAAGAUGUUGGAGGAUUCUCACAAGUGAUCGACACUGUGUAGUAUUCAAUCAGGUCUGGAUCUAUUAACUUGUAAACCACAUGACAUAAAGAGAUCAACAACUCAUUUGAUAUGGUGUUCCUGUGUUGAGUGGAAAAAGAGAUAUUUUGGUGACCCCAGACCCCCAGAUUCGAUUCAUCAUUCAGAGAUAAAAACUGUACAUGCAACUUUCAAAUCAAGCAGUGUUAUCAGAGAAUGAGGAUGUUAUUACCAGUGAUAUUCUGAGAAUUGCUGGAAAGAUAUCAAGAAAAAUAGAGAGAAAACAAAGAAAAUACAACAGCAAAACAACAAAUGACAUAGAUGAUGUAAAAACACAAAAUUCAGCAAAAACAGCUUGUCUUGAGUCUCCUGAUUCUGGAAUGUCAUCUAGCAAGAAAAGAAAAUCAAAGCAGGACAAGAAAUCUGUAGAAAUGCCACCCUCAAGGAAAGAGGACAAUAUCUCUCUUUCACAGAUAGAAGAGCUGGAAGAGGUUACUUCUCCAAAAAAGAGGAAAAAGCAUAAACAUCCAGAGAGUGAAUCUGUGACAGAUAUAAAUGGAGCAUAUAGUUCUGACACCAGUCAUGUGUUCUCUCCAAAGAAGAGAAAAAAGACAGAAAGUGACAGUAGGGACAGUUCUGUGUCCAGUAAGAAGAAAAGGAAAAAAGAUGAUAUGUGUAACUCUAGAGAUAAUAGAGAUGAUGUCAACAAAGAUUCUAGAUUAGUGAGUUCUGGUGAUCAUGAUUCUGAGGAAAGUGAAGGAGAGCCCACACAACAGAUGCAGGCAGCAGCACAGCUCCACAAAUUUAGGUUUCAGAGGAAGGGCUUUCAACAGGUGGAUGUGUCUACCACAGGUGAUCCAGUUCUGUCAGAGAAUCUAACAAAGAAUAAAGAAUUCUGGUUAAUCAAGGCUCCCUGUGAUUUUGACAUAGCAUCUUUAAACAAGAAUAAAGUUUCCUUAUCUGAUGGAGUUAUGGAACUUGACUUACCUGAUCAGAAAUGUGAUGUUGUUGUUUCCCAUCAGCCUUCUGAGUUAUGUCCCUUGAUCAGGAGCCAGUCCACAGGAUGUUUGCAGCAAGGGGGGAGUUUUGGGGGUCAGCUUCAGAUUAUUGGCAGUAUAGAUGUCCCUCCUGUGCCCCCAAUACAGACACCUCCUAGAAAAGAACAUACCAUUCCAGAAUGCCUCAAACAGAGAUAUGUGCCUUUUGGAGCAGAUAUCCCUGUCAAAACUUUCCCAUCAAAGAAGAAAAAGAAACAUAAGAAAGAUCGUAAAGAAGAAACUCCUGAAGAAGAUCACAAGAAACAAAAGAAAAAGAAGAGAAAGAAGAGCUGAAAUUCGUUUAUGUUACUGUAUAUACAAGAUAUAAUAAAAAAUGUUAUAUUGUUA